UCACUUCGUUCUGUGCUGAAAAGUGGAAAUAUGAAGUCCUUCACAGCAUACUCGCUUCUCGGCGCCUUGGGACUUGUAUGCGCUGCACCGGCAACUCAAGAAUAUGACUAUGUGAUAGUCGGUGGCGGCGUCUCCGGUCUGGUCGUUGCAAACCGUCUCAGCGAAGAUGAGCAAGUCACCGUCCUUGUUAUCGAGAGCGGCGAGUCAGUGGACACUGAUGCCACCAAAAUUCCGUACAAGGCCAACGAUCUCACCUCCAGUGCUGGUCUCAUAUGGGAGAAUAUCACAUCGCUGCCCGAGCCGGCACUUGGAAACUCCACCUUCAACGUCCUUGUGGCGAAGGUGCUGGGAGGAGGCUCAGUGAUCAAUGGAAUGGUUUAUGAUCGGGGUUCUGCCGCUGACUAUGAUGCUUGGGAAGCGCUUGGAAACGAAGGCUGGGGCUGGCAAGGCCUGUUUCCAUACUUCAAGAAGGGUACCACCUUCCAGCCUCCAUCUGCAGCUGUCGCCGAGAACUUCAACAUUACCUGGGAUCCUGAAGCGUAUGGUGAUGGGCCUUUGCCUGUGAGCAUUGUUGAUACUCAGUAUCCUGAUAUCAAGGACUACUGGGAUGCCUGGAGAGCUACUGGAGUUCAUAUUCCAAUUGACGGCAACAAUGGCGAGGCUUAUGGACCGUCGUGGUACCCGAACACGGUGGACAAGAACACUGGGCGCAGAGCACAUGCUCGCUACGCCUUCAUCGAUCCGGUCUCUGAACGCAAAAACCUCAAAGUUUUGACUGGCACUACAGCAGAGAAGAUUGUCUUUGGCGAUGCCAAUUCUCCGUCCACCGCCACUGGUGUUGAGGUUGUAUCUGGCGGCACUGGAGAAACCGCUAUUGUCAAUGCAAAAAAGGAAGUCAUUCUCGCAGCAGGUGCGAUCCAGACUCCCAAACUUCUGCAAUUGAGCGGCGUUGGUCCAAAACCAGUUCUCGAAGCAGCCGGUAUUGAAGUGAAGGUCGAGCUUGAUGCUGUUGGAUCAAACUUCCAGGAUCACCCGUACGCUACCGUUAUCUUCAACACUACCUCCACUACAUUCCCAAGCGUGAACUCGCUGAUGAACAACGCGACGUUCAAUGCUUCUGCCUGGGAAGAAUAUGAAGUCAGCAAGACAGGACCGUACACCUAUGCUCGCGGAAAUGCCCUCGCAUUCAUUUCCCUUCCGGACAUGACUGCAAACUUCAGCAGCGUCAGCUCCCAGCUUGACAACGAGAAUGCCCUCGACUACCUGCCAUCGCUCUACCAGAACAAUGCCGAACUUCUUGCUGGCUUUACCGCUCAAAGGGACAUUAUCAGCUCGAUCUUCGGUCGCAAAGACGCCGCUGUAGCCGAGUUCCCCAUUCCAGCAGACGCAACCUACAGCAUCGUAGCUGUUCAGAAGCCUGUAUCGCGUGGAACAGUUCACCUGAAUCCAGCCAACCCAACUGGUCCUCCAAACGUCCUCUACAACGCAUUCGUCAACCCUGUCGACCGACGGAUAUUGUCCGUCGGAAUGCGAUAUCUGCGCGAACUUUUCUCGUACCCUCCCCUCCAGGAGAAGUUCUCCAUCUCAGAGACCGUGCCAGGAGCACAGUACACUUCUGAUGUCGAAAUUUACGACGCAUUGGUAGAGCAGCAGACGCUAGCUCCAAGCUUCGCGCAUCCUUCGUGCAGUUGCCCAAUGAUGCCAGAGGAACUGGGUGGCUGUGUCAGCGAUACCUUGUUGGUCUACGGCACUCAGAGGCUGAGUAUCGUGGACGCGAGCAUCAUCCCGAUCAUUCCGAGUCAGCAUUUGCAGAGCACUAUUUAUAUGAUCGGUGAGAAGGCUGCGGAUUUGAUCAAGGCGAGGGCAUGAGGAACGAACGUAAGUCAGACAUUGGAACGACGAGAAUAAGCCAAAUUCUGGUAUAUGCAGCACCAAUCAACAGCGGAAGAACCAGCCUCAUCAUACAUACAACUUCAAGCACGCAAGCAACAGAGUCCAGGUCUUUCACUUCUUCGUUGGUCGGACACGGUAUACCUCAUACUCAAUCGCGACCUUGCCGUCCUCCACAACCCAUCGCCCUUCUGCAACCCAGCUGGAGC